AUCAAAAAUGCCAUUUGGCCGACAAGAUACACACAAAGACUUCAAGGAACUAAAAAAAAUUCCAAAGAGUAAUAACAAAUACUGCUAUGUUGGUAUUAUGGUCACUGUCAUACCUGGCAUUUUGUUGGGCGGCUAUAUAGGCAAGAAGUUUGCCCAAUUUCUCGAAGUAUUUGAUCUGUAUACACCCGAUAUCGUGGAGGAUGAUGAAUAGAACGACCGUGGCACAGAUCGAUCUCCGACAUGGCCAAACGGGAUGCUAGGAAAAGAGAACAUAAAACGCAGUGC